AAAAACAAAUUUUAGGGGGCAUUCCAGAUCAUACCGUAUCCGUAUAUAAAUACCAAAACGUGGUGCUUCCCGGCUGUCAUUUUUAUAAUAAGUAGAGUAGCCUGUAACAUCUGUUGUCGAAUAGGAAAUAAGAAUAUUUCUUAUUAUAUGAAUAUAAUAACCUUCGGUGUUGCUCUGGGAAUAAAUAACUAUAGGUAUAUGAAAUUGUGUAAAUGUGAUUAACGUAAUCAAAAUAAGGCAAAAUGUCCGAGUCCGAAAACAGUACAAGUGAUCCUCAAUUAAAUCACACUCCUGUCGCUUCCACUACUUCCAAUCACUCACCGGCGGCGUCGGCUUCAAAUUCAAGCGCCAUACCAUCAGCUUCAACGUCAAGCGACACGCCGUCAGCUUCAACUUCAAGCGAAACCCCAUCGGGCUCAGCUGUAAGCCAAAUCCCGUCGGGUUCAACUUUAAGCGAAACACCAUCGACUUCAACAUCGAGCCAAAUACCUUCUGCUUCAGGUUCAAGCCAAGCACCAUCAAAUUUAACUUUAAAUGAAUCUGCGUCAACUAGUAACCCAUCAACAUCGCAGUGCACAGAACAAAAGAAUAAGAAAAUUGAUCCGCUGAAGUUAAAAAUUCUGUGCUUGCAUGGCUACAUGCAAAAUGCAAAGAAAUUUAAAGCUAAAUUGGGUGCUUUCCGUAAACUUGUUGACAAGUAUGCGUACCUUGUGUUUAUGUCAGCUCCACAUGUUGUUGGCGAUUCUACAGGAAGGGGUGAUGAAGAUACCGCCAGGUCAUGGUGGUUUAACGCUGAGGACAAUACCUAUAGUGGGAAAUGCCUUGGUGGUCCAGCUAUAGGAUUUGAACAAACAUUAGAGGCAAUAAGGCUAGCAGUUGUAGAACAUGGCCCAUUUGAUGGGUUGAUGGGCUUCUCACAAGGAGCCUGUCUUGUGGGUAUACUAGCUUCGAUGCAACAGAAAGAAUUAUUGCCAUUCAAAUUCAAAUUUGCUAUGAUUAUAUCAGGUUUCUGCUCUGAAAGUCUUGUUCAUAAGGGAUUCUAUGACCAAAUCAUUAACUUGCCAUCUUUACAUGUGUAUGGAGAAGGAGAUUCUACCAUACCUAAAGAAAUGAGUGAAUCCCUUAUCAACUUAUUUAGGUCCCCUGUAGUAGUUGAGCAUACCGAUGGCCAUUAUGUUCCGACUACAGGUGCUGUCAAAGCGGCCUAUGAAGAUUUUCUAGCUGAAAUGUACCAGCAAAGGCUAAUAGACAAGCAAGAAGCUGAGCGGACAGCAGAAUAGCCAACCCUCUUUGAAGCUCAUCCCAUGCUUACCAGCCUUCUGUUGGCAGAUAGUGAAAUACCAGAUGUUCCCCUUUAUAGACUUAGCCCUAGUUAUCAGGUGCAUAAACCUCCGAACCCAUAGACUCAUUGUCUGGUUUUUACGAAGGAUUCGGUAAAACAUUGCGCGUGUAAAUAGUGUAGCGGCGCCUCAUCGAGCGCGGGAACGCUAACGUUGUCAAAUGUUUAGCCUACAUGCGCCGUCUGUCGGUUAUGACGGGGAUUGGGGAUCAUUACCCUUUUGACUGCCGGUGUAGAUCUAUGCUCCGGUAUACCAAGGGUCAAGAGGAAAGAACUAAGAUGUGGCUGCAGGAUGAUCUAUUAAAGAGGGGUAUUCUUUCUCUACAGAAUAAAAUUGCCUUAGUUGACAACAAUGACAAUGUCGAGUUAUGGCAGCAGUGAUGUAUGUAAUGUAAUGUAUUGUAAUUAAUUAAUUGUUUAAGUAAAAUGGAUGACUGCUACUCUA